AAGCAAGCGCCGGCGCGCUCGGCCUCUCGGCGCUCGCACGCUCAGGUCUGGCCGGCGGUGGCGACGGCGGCGGCGGAUAACGUCGGGAGUCCGGCCGAGGGCCGAGGUGUUCAGGCGCGGCAUGGAGGAGUCACAGGCCGCCGCAGGCGGUGGCGUGUCACUGCACAACUUCAGCGCCAGGCUGUGGGAGCAGCUAGUUCACUUCCACGUCAUGCGGCUGACAGACUCACUCUUCCUGUGGGUGGGGGCCACGCCGCACCUGCGCAACCUCGCUGUGGCCAUGUGCAGCCGCUACGACCCCAUCCCUGUGUGCACCUCCCUCUUUGGAAACACUUCAGACACGACCUCCACUGGCCUCGCCCAGCGUCUAGCCAGGAAGACGAACAAGCAGGUGUUUGUCAGCUACAACCUUCAAAACAUGGACAGUGACUUCACCCUGCUUGUAGAAAACAGGAUCAAAGAAGAAAUGGAGGCUUUUCCAGAGAAGUUCUGAGUGGGGGGCGGAAGGGAAAAUGUGUGACUUGUUUACAUUCACAUAAAAGGAUUUUUCUUUGGUCA